AAUAAUGCUAUCAUCUGAUCUCCCAAUUAUUUGAACCCACUGUUCUCCAAAAUAAACCAUCACUUUGUGUAUGCAUAUAACUGAGUUUCAGACACCCAAUGGAUCCUUUUUUGAGAUAUCUCUUUUUCCUCGUCCUCUUCUUCAAACUCUCAAUCUCUACUUCCAUAUCAGAAAUCCCUAAAUUCCCAUGUCAACCACCACGCUAUAACUCCUACACCUUCUGCAACCAAUCUUUAUCUAUUACCACAAGAGCUCAGUCUCUUAUAUCUCUCCUAACCCUUCAAGAAAAGAUCUUUCAGCUAUCUGAUAAUGCUUCAGGAAUCCCAAGACUUGGAAUUCCACCAUAUGAAUGGUGGUCUGAGUCUCUCCACGGGAUUGCCAUUAAUGGCCCUGGUGUCUCCUUCAGUAAUGGACCUGUUUCUGCAGCUACCGGUUUCCCUCAAGUUAUUGUCACUGCUGCUGCUUUUAAUAGAACGCUUUGGUUCUUGAUUGGAUCAGCUAUUGCCAUUGAGGCUAGAGCUAUGUAUAAUGUUGGGCAAGCAGGGUUGACAUAUUGGGCACCUAAUAUUAAUGUUUUUAGAGACCCUAGAUGGGGAAGAGGCCAAGAAACUCCUGGUGAGGAUCCCAUGGUGGCUUCUGCUUAUGCAAUUGAGUUUGUUAAGGGUUUUCAAGGCGGGAACUGGAAGAGAAAUGGUGAUGGAAGUGGUAGAUAUGGGUUUGGAGAGAAAAGGGUUUUGAGAGAGGAUGGUAAGGUUGAUGAUGGGCUUAUGUUGUCUGCUUGUUGCAAACAUUUUACCGUUUAUGACUUGGAGAAAUGGGGCAAUUUCAGAAGAUAUUCUUUCAACGCUUUGGUUACAGAGCAAGAUUUAGAAGAUACGUAUCAGCCUCCAUUUCGUAGUUGUAUACAACAAGGUAAAGCAAGUUGCUUAAUGUGUUCCUAUAAUGAAGUCAAUGGAGUGCCUGCAUGUGCAAGAGAGGAUCUGUUACAAAAAGCGAGAACAGAAUGGGGCUUUGAAGGAUAUAUCGUCUCAGACUGUGAUGCUGUGGCUACAAUUUUCGAGUAUCAGAACUACACAAAGAGCCCUGUGGAUGCAGUUGCUAUUGCCCUUAAAGCAGGUAUGGAUAUUAAUUGUGGCUCAUAUCUGAAACGCCAUGCUCAAUCUGCAGUUGAUAAAGGUGAGUUGCGAGAAGAGGAUAUAGACAGAGCUCUUCUCAAUCUUUUCUCAGUUCAACUCCGACUUGGGCUGUUUGAUGGAGACCCCAAAAAAGGGCAGUUUGGAAAGCUGGGUCCUCAAGAUGUUUGCACCCAAGAGCAUAAGGCACUGGCGCUUGAAGCAGCCAGGCAAGGAAUUGUGCUUCUGAAAAAUGAUAACAAGUUCCUACCUUUGAAUAAGAAAGCUGUUUCUUCCUUGGCAAUUAUUGGCUCACUAGCAAACAGUGCAAGCAGUUUGGGUGGUGACUACACAGGUUUAACUGCAACAACUAGUAGAUAUCCAUGUAAUCCACAGAGCCUUUUUGAUGGGCUUAAAGCCUACAUAAUGAAGACAUCUUAUGCAAUUGGUUGCCAUGACGUGUCUUGUGAUUCCGAUGCUCAGUUUGAUGAAGCAAUGCAUAUUGCCAAAAGUGCUGAUUUUGUAAUCAUAGUUGCUGGGCUUGAUUUGUCACAAGAAACUGAAGAUCAUGACCGUGUUAGUCUUCUGUUACCUGGUAAACAGAUGAACCUGGUAUCUUCUGUUGCAGCAGCUAGUAAAAAGCCAGUGAUUCUAGUUCUCACCGGCGGAGGACCACUUGAUAUAUCAUUUGCCAAAAGAGAUCCAAGAAUUGCUAGCAUUCUUUGGAUUGGGUAUCCUGGUGAAGCUGGUCCAAAAGCACUUGCGGAAGUUAUCUUUGGUGAAUAUAAUCCAGGCGGAAGACUUCCAAUGACUUGGUAUCCUGAGUGGUUCACCAAGAUACCAAUGAAUGAUAUGCGCAUGCGAGCUGAUCCUUCCCGUGGAUAUCCAGGAAGAACAUAUCGUUUUUACACAGGAAAUCGAGUAUAUGGAUUUGGUGAAGGCUUAAGCUACUCUAAUUAUACUUAUAAGUUCUUGUCAGCACCAAGCAAGUUGAGUCUGUCAAAAUCUUUGACAGCUACCUCAAGAAAGAGAAUACUGAACCAGAGCGGAGGAAGAUUCAAUUAUAUACAUAUUGACGAGAUGAACUCUUGCAAUUCUUUGACAUUUUAUGUGCAAAUAUCUGUCACAAAUGCUGGAGAUAUGGAUGGAAGCCACGUUGUGAUGUUGUUCUCUAGAGUGCCAAAAUUUUUUGAAGGCACUCCAGAAAAACAACUUAUUGGAUUUGAUCGUGUGCAUACUAGUUCACGAAAAUCUACUGAAACAAGCAUCUUCAUUGAUCCUUGCAAAGAUCUUAGCAUUGUAAAUGAGCAGGGGAAAAGGAUAAUGCUGUUGGGUGAUCAUGUUCUGUUGUUAGGAGAUUUAGAGCAUUUUGUUACAAUUGAAGCUUAUUAAUGCCAUCCAUUGUUCAAUUUGUAUUAUUUGAAUAUGUUGAAAUGCCCAAAUAUGUCCUUGUUCUCUGUAUGUUUGUUUUAA